AACUGCAAACCAGAAAUUAUGUCUGACAGCGAAAAUCUGGAGCAAGCUUUAAAUGAGCAUGACUUGAGCACGGAAGCUGCCUUAGAAAAUGCCAAUGAAGAUGAUGAUGAAGAGGAGGAUGCGGAACCAAUUACCGCUCAAAAGGUACUAGAAAUACUCGAAACAGCUUGGACAAAUGAAAUGUGUGCCCCGGAAUUGCUGCAACAUCAGACGGACAUGCUGGAGCUAAUGCUCUCGCAGGUGGCGCACAUGGAAGAGCAAAUGAAGGAUCUGGACAAGAAUGAUUUUCGCUUUGUGGUGCAUCAAAUGGAACUGGAGCGCAUACGGUAUAUCAUGGCCAGUUAUUUACGAUGUCGCUUGCAAAAAAUCGAAGCCUUUACCCAGCACAUCAUCAACCAGGAUGAGUCACGUGAUGCGGCUGACAAGCGUCUAUCGUCAGAGGAGGCCAAAUAUGCUCAGGAUUUUGCCACGCAUGUGGACGAAUACUUCACCAAGGUGGCCACACGGUAUAUGCCCAACCAGCAGCGAGGCGAAGCCGAUCAACGAAUUGUCGCGCCUAAUCUCAUGAGCCAUGUUUUUCUCAAAGCGAACGUGGCAGUGUCUGGCGUUAUCGUGGGCGUUGAUGACGAGGAAGUGGAUCUUACGCCAGGCUCACAACAUAUUAUACCGUAUCAACUGGUGGCUGACUUAGUACAAAAAAACCAAGCGCAACUUAUUUAAAUAUUUUUAUAUAAAUGAAUAUACUAAAU